AUGUUUAGAAACUUAAUCAACGCCAGAAUCUCGACCAGAGUAGGAUCCCAGUUAGCAAAGAAUGCAAUUGGUGCCAGAAUUAACGCCGCUAAGGUCGCACCAGGGGUUAGUUUCAUGAGAUACAACUCCAGCAAUUUCAAGUUGAACUCUGACUCUUUUGUUGUCAAAUACCAGGAAGCUGGUCCUAAAUCCGUCAAGUUCACCGAAGAACACGAAUGGAUUGCAUUCCAAAGAGAUGACAGUGUGUUCCUUGGUAUCACCCAAUAUGCCAGUGAAGCAUUAGGGGAAGCUACCUUCGUCGAAUUACCAGAAGUCGGUGACACCGUCGAAGUGGGUGAAUCGAUCGGUUCUGUCGAAUCGGUCAAGUCUGCUUCCGAAAUCUACUCCCCAGUUGCCGGUGAAAUUGUCGCUGUCAACGAAGAGUUGGAAUCAAGGCCACAACUCAUCAGCGAUGAUCCAAUGGGUAACGCUUGGAUUGCUCAAAUAAAAUUGAACGAGCCAGCCGAAGUGGUAGAAGGUCAAGAAUCGUUAUUGAGUGAAACUCAAUACGAAGAGUUGUUGGAUAGUAACUAA